GCGAUGGCGUCAUUAUGCCGCGACUCCAGAACUGUCGUAAAAGAUGCGUUUCGGCAGUGACACGUAGAGGAGUUAGAAGCCUUCCCAGUCAUGGAGUUAUCGUGGCUCUUGAGCUUGCUGAUCCUCUUGCUGCUACUCGUCAAUUUAGUUUUAAUUUAUCUCCUCAUAUGGGGGACUCCUCGACUGACAAGCGGGCGCUCCGCGCGAAAUGAACGAGCCGCCGAGACCUCGACUUCGCGGGGGGAACUCGCCCUGAUCGCGGAGGAAAAAGCUACAGGAGCCGAGCAUGAUGCGGAGAAGAAGAGAACCAAGAAGGAACAAGUUGGUGUAAAUUGUACCAUCUUUCUAGACACAUUUCCUGCCAAGAAAGAAAUAAUUCAACAGUGCAUUUCAAGCCUUCGGGAAAUGGCAGACUGCAUUGAUGAGACCCAUAAAAACUGUGCCAUUGCCACUGUUGCUGUGAACAUUACAAGCACUUCAUCUGAGAUCUUGAAAAUGGUGUCCCAGUUCUUGGCCCCUUCCUCAGCAACUGGGAGUUUACACACAGCUAUCGCUGGGAUUAGUUUAGAGAUGGUUGCCAAAAUUACAGAUGUUUCUACUGCUCUAUUUAAAAGUGAUUAUGAUUCCAAGAAAAAGAAAAAUGUGGAAGAUAAGAUGAAGGAAGUUGACAUGGCCUUAAGAACACUGAUGAACUCUGAUGAAAUUCAAUUCAAUUCUGAAUUGCCCAUAGCUAGAGGGGAAAAUCUCAAUUCUGCUCUUGCACUUCCUGACUUGCUUCAGGCUGGGGAGGGCUUUAAAACAAACAUAAGUGCACUGAAUAAACAUAUAAAGGCACUUAAUUGCAUCCGAAGGAAUCCUGAGUUAAAGGAUUUAGCCAUGAAAGUUGCUGCAGGAGACAGCAGCGAAAACGCAGACAAUAAGGAAGUUGAAAAAUUUGAAGAAAACUUUGCUGGAACUCCCCUGGGGUUGACCAAAGAUGAUAAACUGAAGAAUGCUGCAUGGUCUAUAUGUGUUCUCAUGGGAACUAUCAAGAACACUGUUGAUUCAGUCACACAAAUGAGAGAGGGAAUCAAAGCAGAAAUGGCAGUCAAUAUCAGAAGCAAGGCUAACCAGCUAGACAAGAUACUGCAGAACCUGGAGAGGUUCUAUGAAGAAAUGAAAGCUGAGGACCACUCAGUCAAGCUAAAGUCUACAUAAACUGGCAUCUUGUGGUUUACAAUGGCUGUCCAGAUGUUCCCAGGAAAUUGCUAGGCAGGAGUGAAGCAGUACCCCUGCUCUAUUCUUCUUUAAGACUUAAAGGGUGAUGAAUAUGUUUUAUUUCUACAGAGAAGCAUUUACUCAAGCAAAGACUGUCAUGUUAUUGAUCUGUCUUGUAAAUAUCUCAUUACCCCACCCCAAUUUUAGUGUAUAUUCAGUAGUGUUUUUUCUCCUAUCCUGAUUCUUUGGGCAUUUAUGCCACUGUAACAGGGUGCCUCUUCUCUGAAGGAAUCCUGGGAACUGUAGUUUUCAGAGGUGCUGAUUUUUUUUGGCGGGGGAAGCAUAUUUUAUAUGCUUUUCUGGAGGAAUGGUGGUUAUUGGGAAUAGAGUUAGGGUAGUGCAUAGCAUUAGUACA